UAGUGGGAAAAGACGAAGGUCAUUCGGUGUCAUUCAGGGGUUAUCGGGCAUUCGGUGUGGUGCUAAAUUCGCAUUUUUUUAUAGUUCAUUCUUGUUACACGACAGAUUAAUACAAAAUGUUGCCACGUUUUCUCAAGCCCACCGUUAUUGUUGCUCAGCAAGGUGUUAAACAGCUGUCGACCAGCGCACAGCGCAAUGCCAAAGUCGCUGUUAUGGGUGCCAGUGGCGGUAUUGGCCAACCAUUGUCUCUGCUUCUAAAGCAGUCACCUUUGGUUACAGAAUUAUCUCUGUAUGAUAUUGUUAAUACUCCUGGUGUGGCUGCAGAUCUUUCCCACAUUGAAACCCCUGCCAAGGUCAAGGGUUUCACAGGACCCGAUCAACUCAAAGAUUCCCUAAAGGGUGCUCAGAUUGUUAUCAUCCCUGCUGGAGUCCCACGAAAGCCAGGAAUGACCCGUGAUGACCUCUUUAACACAAAUGCCUCCAUAGUGCGUGAUCUUGCAGUUGCUAUAGCUGAAGUAGCACCUAAAGCCUUCGUUGCUAUUAUUUCUAACCCUGUCAAUAGCACAGUACCAAUUGCCAGUGAGGUUUUGCAAAAGGCUGGUGUCUAUGAUCCAAACAGAGUGUUUGGUGUUACCACUUUGGAUAUUGUUAGAGCAAACACCUUUGUCGCUGAAGCCAAGGGGCUGGACCCUCUAAAAACCUCCGUUCCAGUUAUCGGAGGACACAGUGGUAUCACCAUCAUUCCUUUGAUUUCACAAGCCAAACCCUCAGUAUCUUUUCCUGAUGACCAACUAAAGGCACUCACUGAGAGGAUCCAGGAGGCUGGUACGGAAGUUGUGAAGGCCAAAGCCGGAACCGGAUCUGCCACCUUGUCGAUGGCCUAUGCUGGAGCCCGCUUUGGUUUUGCACUGAUCAGAGCCCUCAAUGGCGAACAGAAUGUCAUCGAGUGUGCUUACGUCAGGUCUAACAUCACCGAAGCCAAAUAUUUCUCCACACCCAUUCUUCUGGGCAAAAAUGGCGUCGAGAAGAAUCUUGGCCUUGGUAAGCUCAGCGAUUACGAAGCCAAGCUACUCCAGGCUGCCAUCCCAGAACUCAAGAAAAAUAUCCAGAAGGGUGAAGACUUCGUGAACAAAAAGUAAAUCCGCACGCAGUAUUCGCCAUAUUAAAAUGAAUCACCUGAGCAGACUUAGCGUCACAUUUAAAAACAAAAUAACGCUAGACUUGGUAAAGAAGAACCCCUAUCGUACAAAUCACGAUAAUUCCGCAGCAUUUAACGUUAAACAGUGCUCCGUAAUCAUGUCUUGUAUUAUAUCGUAAUAAACGUAAACGUCGAAACGUCGUUAACUACCAAAAAUGA